AUGACACACGACUGCCGGCAUUUAGAACCGGGAGUCAACAUGAUUGACUGCCACCAAGUCAUUGACGUCUUCAGCCAAUAUGAUCCCAGCGGAUACAUUACAAUCAAGCCCAGGAAGGGUGUGUAUGCCUACAGUGGGUCGUGCGCGGGGGAGGUCAUCAACCCGAACCAUAGACCUGUCAGGGUCAACGAAGCUACGCUUGCAGUGAACAUGACAACUUACAUUUUCAAUACCUGUAUUCUCAAGGGCAUGUAUGGGAAAUACGUGACCAGUGAGAUAGCUGCUCUCCUCUAUCCCACGCCCUCAUCAGAUGCCGGCAAACUCAAGAUUGAAGACAAAGGACAGUGAGGACACUCCUCCAUCUGAGUCAUUGAUGGGGUGAUGAGUAGGUACCUACCUUAGGUUGUGAAAGUAAGGCAUCGAUUUUUGAGCUGUGGCUCAUCAGCA